AUGAGAAAGACAAGAUACGAUGUUAAUGUCUGCGAAACUAGAUUGGAAAUACCUAUGUUGAAAAAGUAUCUACCGCCAUAUCAAGCACCAGGGUUAAUAGAAGAAUUAAAGGAACAUGAUAGAAUGAGAUUAAUUCAGGAACGCGAAGCUAGAAGAUGUACGAGUGCUCUUCGAAAUGCGAAGGAUUCUUCUUUGCUAAAUGUCAGAUCGAGAGAGCCAAUCUCCUGUGACACUUCUAUUACAUGCGAUGCUCAUGAAUCUAUCGGCUUAACUUCAGUUUCGACAAAGUUAACUGAGGCGAAUAACCUUCCAUAUCAAGAAACGCAAAUCUUUAAAGACGUGAUAUGUGAAUUUCGGAAAAAGGUGAUGGAAACCGAAAGGCCUUUAAUAUCGCUAUUUCAGCACGCAGAUAAACGUAAAGACAUAAAACAAUUGUUUCCUCCUACAAAUAAAGAUCGUAGAGAAAUUACGUCAAAAUGUGAUAAAGCUAUUAAUACAUUUAAGCCAAUGUAUGAGAAAUACGAAGAAGAGUGCAGCAUAAUCCAUAAACCAAAACAGGGAUUUCAAAGUGAAUCGUUUAGUGAAACAUCAUCGAUUUGUAUUUAUCCUGGCAAAUACCAUCGACCUGAUAUUUCGACUUCAACUGAUGAAAUCACGGAUUAA